AUGGGAAAACCGCCGCGUGGUCAUGCGGUUGCAAGCUCGUCUGGGAAGCGUCCCCGACAGGAAACCGCCAACGCUCAGUCGGCAUCGAAAAAGCUACUGUCAAACAACCGGUACGCCAUUCUCGAAAAUGGUGAUGAACCGGAAAUAAAGAAAAAGGAGAAACUACCACGAUUCUUCGUCAAAGGAUUUCCGCCCGGCCUUCAGGAGAACAUCAAAUUCUACAUCGAGCAAGGCUUAAAGUGCACCAUGCGCAUGUGCACUGAAGGCAUCAUGCUGAUGGUACCAGCAAGGAAGUACUACAACGCCAUCGAAGAGCUGCUGAAGCGGGAAAAAUGGGAGUAUUUCUCUCACGACAUCGAGGAGGACAAGCCGCUCAAGGUGGUCGUGCGUGGUCUGCCCGAUAUGGAAAUCGCCGUGCUGUCGAUGAAUUGGCACGACGCCUCCCGCAAGUACCGUGACCAGCUGUAUUUGGUCCACCUCGAGCGAAACACAACGUGUUUGAAGGACGUGCAGUUUAUUCGGGCGCUUUUCCAGAUCGUGGUUACGCUACCAACCUCGCCCCGUAACGUCACCCAAUGCUCAAGCUGCCUCAUGUUUGGGAAUGGGACCAAAAAUUGCCACAAGGCCUAUCGCUGCAACGAAUGUAGCAAGUAA